AUGUUUUGUAUUUGCUGUGUAACGCAUAGACAAGAUGAGACAACACAGUUGGAAGAAAGACAAGAUGAGACAACACAGUUGGAAGAAAGACAAGAUGAGACAACACAGUUGGAAGAAACAAAAAAUAAAGGUGGUUUUAUACCAGGACAUCAUGAAGCCGAGAUCUGCUAUGGAGGUGAAGCUGACUUACACAAGCACUAUACCGGCUGUAAGAAGAAUCCAGGUCAUGUCAACUUUAUACCUGUAAAUAAUUUUAACUUGGAUCAUCUCCCCUCACGUUACCAUGACGACAUCAUGUUGGAGCUAAUCAAAGCUUUGUCUGCCAUAACGGUCCUGAUAAAGGUCAAGUACACCAGUCUAGAGAGACCAAAGUCUGUUCCAUGCUUCAGUGGUCAGUAUCCAUUUUAUAACACCAGAGGAAGUGACGUGUUGAGGACAGGGACGGGGAGGGUGUGUCGUGUGUACAAGUACACAGAGAGUGACAACAAGGUCACUUGUCCAUGUGGCAAGUGUCAACACUCAGACACACCCAGCAAAGUGUGGGGGGAGGUUUGUGUGGGGACAGCCGCACACGUGGUGUUUGAUGAGAGUGAGGCGAGACAGACCAGGUGUGUUGUAGGUUUUGAUGACAAUAAAAGUCCUGGGGUCAGUCUUGAUGGCUGGGAGGUGGUGGAGGCAGACAUUGAGGGAGACGGGUGUGAGUUUACAUGUGUGUCAUGUGACUUAGAGUUGGUUGAUGAACUGUACAAGAUGUGUGGGCACUUUGAUGGUCUAUGUGAGAAAGUAAUGGUCAAAUACGGGAGAUAUGAUGAUGGGGACAAGUUGGCCGUUAUAGUGUCACAUCCUCAUGGCUGUCCUAAACAGGUCUCUGUAGGACAAUGGACACACAAUCAUGAGAGGGGAGGUAGGUACAAGUACACGUACACAACAUGUACAUGUCCUGGCUCCAGUGGAGCACUUGUCUACAUACCGGGAUAUGGCGGGUCCUGGUCACAUCCCCACAGUGGAUCAAACUCUGAAGGAAAUUAUUGUGGGGAGGGUUGGGGUUGGUGAUGAUCUAUCUGUAACUGUUGGUUCUCUCCCCUUGUCUAAUGUAAACAAGCAAAAUGGCGGCUCACUUCAUUAAACUUGUGUGUGUCAAGACUUGAAUGUCUUCAUCAGCAACUUUGUAUUUUGGUGAAGACAAGAAAUAAAUUGUUUGGUUUCUUUCAGUCAUUUGUUUAGAGUUGUUAGACACAUAAACAAAAUUAUAAACACAUGUUUAUUUCAAUAAAAUGUGUUGCAUGUUAUUGUAUAUUUAAAUAUAUUAAUUAUUAUAGAAGAUUAUUGAUUUGUUAUAAGCCUACUGAUGAUUUUAA